AAAAUUAAAAAGAAAAACACAAGCUUGAAACUUUUAAUCGACUCAUUGUUCAGUUUUCCCUUACACCACAAUCCGAAACCCUAUUUAUUGAAAAUAUUGAAUUCCCCAUUUAUAUCAAAACAAAAAAGCAAGCAAAAUGGCAACUCCAGCAGGAAGUUCUUCUGCUAAGAGGUGGCUUCCUCUCGAGGCUAAUCCCGAUGUCAUGAACCAGUUUCUUUGGGGUCUGGGUCUUCCAGAGAAUGAAGCAGAGUGUUGCGAUGUAUACGGCUUGGAGGAUGAACUGUUAGCAAUGGUUCCUCAGCCUGUUCUUGCUGUCCUUUUUCUUUUCCCAAUAACUUCUCAGACUGAAGAAGAGAGACUGCGGCAGGAUAAUGAGAAAAGAGAUGCUAGCUGCAAAGUUUAUUUCAUGAAACAAACCGUGGGAAAUGCUUGUGGAACGAUUGGGCUUCUUCACGGCGUUGGAAAUGUCACUUCUGAAAUCAAGCUUCAAGAGGGAUCGUAUUUAGAUAGGUUUUUUAAGUCUACUGCCAGCAUGGAUCCAUUGGAGCGCGCGGCAUUUCUUGAGAAAGAAAGAGAAAUGGAAGUUGCUCACUCCGUAGCAGCUACUGCUGGAGAAACAGAGGCUUCAGACAAUGUGAAUACUCAUUUUAUCUGCUUCUCAUGUGUUGAUGGGAAACUAUAUGAGCUUGAUGGAAGAAAGUCGGGACCAAUUUCACAUGGGGCUUCCUCACCAAGUAGCUUAUUGCAGGAUGCAGCAAAAGUGAUAAAGGGCAUGAUCCAGAAAAAUCCAGAGUCACUCAACUUCAAUGUCAUUGCACUUCAUAAGAUGGGAAUGGCAGCAGGUACAUACUAACAUCAAUUUCCUAUCAACAAUUACUGAUUAGAUUCCAAAAUCUUCAUGUACUGUGACGUAGUUAAACAUAUCAUAUGACUCUCUCACUAUAUGCCCUUCAUCCUUAUAUAUAUAUCAGCAAACAAACAAAACCCUUGCUUUUCAAGAUAUAGAGGAAAAGUAAUGGCUUUCUCUGUUUUAAGAUAAAAUGAAAAGGUACUAGUAUCAUAUUUUGUAUCAGUGUGACUGCAUUCUUUUUAUUCAAGGCUCUUGAAUUGCUCCAGCUAUCUAAUAAGAUUGAUUCACUCCAUGAUCA